CCUGAGCUCCAUGUCUGGCUGAAGAUUUUCAUCAAUAACGAAUGGCAUGAUGCAGUCAGUGAAACUAUCAACCCGGCAACAGGAGAAGUUAUCUGUCAGGUCGCUGAAGGUGAUAAGGCAGAUGUGGACAAGGCCGUUCAGGCAGCCAAGGCAGCUUUCCAGCUGGGCUGGCCCUGGAGGAGGAUGGAUGCUUCUCAUCGGGGGAAGCUGCUGACCCGUCUUGCUGACCUGAUUGAGAGGGACCGGGCCUACCUGGCGGCACUCGAGACUCUGGAUAAUGGCAAACCCUACUCCAUCGCCUACCUGGUGGACCUGGACAUGGUAGUCAAAUGUCUCAGAUACUAUGCAGGCUGGUCAGAUAAAUUCCAUGGCAAAACUAUCCCGUUAGAUGGAGACUACUUCUGUUACACAAGACAUGAGCCAGUGGGAGUUUGUGGACAGAUCAUUCCAUGGAACUUCCCUCUAUUGAUGCAAGCAUGGAAACUGGGGCCUGCCCUGGCUACUGGGAACGUGGUUGUGAUGAAGGCAGCAGAGCAGACCCCCCUGACUGCUCUCUACGUGGCUAACCUGAUUAAAGAGGCUGGAUUCCCACCAGGCGUAGUGAACAUCGUCCCUGGCUACGGGCCCACAGCAGGGGCUGCCAUCUCCUCCCACAUGGACAUCGAUAAAGUGGCCUUCACCGGCUCCACGGAGGUUGGGCAUCUGAUCCAGAAGGCUGCAGCAGAGAGUAACCUGAAGAGGGUGACACUGGAGCUGGGAGGAAAGAGUCCCAAUAUUAUCAUGUCUGAUGCUGACAUGGGCUGGGCUGUGGAUCAAGCCCAUCUCGCCCUCUUCUUCAACCAAGGGCAGUGCUGCUGUGCUGGCUCCCGGACGUACGUGCAGGAAGAUAUUUAUCAGGAGUUUGUGGAGAGGAGUGUGGAGAAGGCAAAGUCCAGGGUGGUUGGAAACCCGUUUGACUUUAAAACUGAACAGGGGCCUCAGGUUGAUGAGGAGCAGUUUAAGAAGAUCCUGGGUUACAUUAGCACUGGGAAGCGAGAAGGAGCCAAGCUGAUGUGUGGUGGCAACCCCGCUGCAGACAGAGGCUACUUCAUCCAGCCAACUGUCUUUGGGGAUGUGCAGGACAGCAUGACCAUUGCCAGGGAGGAGAUAUUUGGCCCAGUCAUGCAGAUUCUGAAAUUCAAAACAAUUGAGGAAGUCAUUGAGAGAGCAAAUUGCUCCAAGUACGGCCUGGCAGCCGCGGUCUUCACCAAGGAUCUUGACAAAGCACACUAUGUGUCACAGAGCCUGCGUGCUGGAACAGUUUGGGUGAACUGCUACAAUGUGUUUGGUGCACAAGCCCCAUUUGGUGGCUACAAAGCUUCUGGGAUUGGGCGGGAGCUGGGAGAAUACGGUCUGGAAGCCUAUGUAGAGGUGAAAAAUGUGGCAGUCAAAAUUCCACAGAAGAACUCCUAAGGGACGGCAGCCUGUCUGCAUGUUUGGAAGCCCCUACGCAGCUUUGUGAGAGGAAACCUCUUCUUAACACGUCAAAACCUUAGGUGGAAAACAUGUAACUCUGCGCCAAGAAAUGUUUAUUUAGAAGGUGCCUGAAGGAGCUUUUGUUAGAAAGCUUGAUUUGGCUUUAUCUUUUUUAAAACGCCAAAUACAGCCAAUUGAG